AUGGGAAUCAAAUUUCUUGAAUUUGUCAAGCCGUUUUGCGGCUGGGUACCAGAGGUAUCCAAGCCCGAACGUAAAAUUCAAUUCAGAGAGAAGAUGCUCUGGACAGCUAUAACUCUCUUUGUUUUCCUUGUCUGCUGUCAAAUUCCUCUUUUCGGAAUUAUGUCCACUGAUUCUGCUGAUCCAUUCUACUGGUUGAGAGUAAUUCUUGCUUCUAACAGAGGAACCCUUAUGGAGUUGGGUAUUUCUCCCAUUGUUACUUCUGGUCUUAUCAUGCAGCUCCUGGCUGGUGCUAAGAUCAUUGAAGUUGGAGACACUCCCAAGGAUCGCGCUCUCUUCAACGGAGCUCAAAAACUCUUUGGUAUGGUCAUCACUAUCGGUCAAGCUAUUGUCUACGUCAUGUCUGGACUUUACGGAGAUCCAGCUGAAAUCGGAGCCGGAAUCUGCCUUCUCAUCGUCGUUCAACUUGUUAUUGCUGGACUCAUUGUUCUUCUUCUGGAUGAACUUCUUCAGAAAGGUUAUGGUCUUGGAUCUGGUAUUUCUCUUUUCAUCGCAACCAACAUUUGCGAGACCAUCGUCUGGAAGGCUUUCUCUCCAGCGACUAUGAACACCGGUAGAGGAACUGAGUUCGAAGGAGCUGUCAUAGCAUUGUUCCAUCUUCUCGCUACCCGUUCCGACAAGAUCAGAGCUCUUAGAGAGGCUUUCUACAGACAGAACCUUCCCAAUCUCAUGAACUUGAUGGCUACCGUUCUCGUCUUUGCCGUUGUCAUUUACUUCCAAGGAUUCCGCGUUGACCUUCCAAUCAAGUCUGCCAAGUUCCGUGGACAGUACAGCUCAUACCCAAUCAAGCUCUUCUACACCUCUAACAUUCCUAUCAUCCUUCAAUCUGCUCUCGUUUCUAACCUUUACGUUAUCUCUCAGAUGCUCGCCGCCAAGUUCGGAGGAAACUUCCUCGUUAACAUUCUCGGAACCUGGUCUGAUGCUUCCGGAAGCUACCGCAGUUACCCAACUGGAGGUCUCUGCUACUACCUCUCACCACCCGAUACUCUUGCUCACAUUCUUGAAGACCCUAUUCACUGCAUCGUUUACAUCGUCUUCAUGCUCGGAUCCUGCGCAUUCUUCUCCAAGACCUGGAUCGAUGUAUCUGGAUCAUCCGCUAAGGAUGUCGCCAAGCAGCUCAAGGAACAACAAAUGACCAUGCGUGGACACAGAGAAAACUCUAUGGUCCAUGAGCUCAACAGAUACAUUCCAACUGCUGCUGCUUUCGGUGGUCUCUGCAUCGGAGCUCUUUCUGUCACAGCCGACUUCAUGGGUGCUAUUGGUUCCGGAACUGGAAUCUUGUUGGCUGUUACCAUCAUCUACCAAUACUUCGAGAUCUUUGUAAAGGAGCAACAAGAAAUGGGAGGAGUAGCUGCCAUGUUCUUCUAA